AUGGAAGCCGCCGCGGCCUUCCAGGCAUCAGCCACCUUGCACAAGAACGGGCUGCCAACGCCGCAGACGGCUACUUCGCCCGCACCUUCAGAAUCUCCUUUCGCAGAGUCACGACCGACGAGUCCAAUGACUGAUAUUACAACAGCCGGCAAAGGAAAAGGCAAGCGCACCGCCGAGGAAGAGGCUGACGACGGCAAGAGCGACCCCAAAUCAAUGCCAGCGCCCGUCUCCCGCAUUACCGCACCCAAAAUAUUACGCCGCCAUCGCCAUCGCCGUGAGAAUGUCGCAGCUACUGUAUGGGGUCCUUCUUUACCCGGUUCAGAUGUUCCGCAGCGAUUCAGCGUCUACAAAGCCAUUCUGCGCCAUCCCAAUCUCUUCUUUCAGUUUGCAAUUCGGCUGCCGCAAAAGACCAUGAUCGAUCUGUAUGCAAUCGACAAAGAGUUUCACUACAGGUUCAACAAAUACAGCACAUCCAUCAUUCACGAUUUUGCGAGCUAUCAUGCCCCUCAGGCUGCAUACAUCUUCAGCUGGAUCCUCUUCCCUGAGCUGUGCAUCAGCGACCCAAUGCUGCGUCCAAUGGAUGGCCGCCCGCACCUCGCGCGUGAUAUUCCCAGCCUGCGGUGGACGAAGAUGAUUUUUUACCGCGACAGCGUUGCCAAGACCAUCCUGACUAUGCUUAGUGUCGAGGGACACAGGGUGCCGCGCGAGAUGUACAUCGUCCUGAUGAAGUUCUGGCUACUGAUGGGGAUGAAUACCACUACAAUCCGAGAGGCUUUCCUGUCUGACAGCACCAUCUGGACGGAUCAAGAUAUCUACCUUUUCCACCUGUUCCUGGUGAAACUCGAUAUGCACUUCAGUCAUCCGGUAUAUGGGCACGGCAUGAUCGAUCUCUCACACAUGCUACUCACACAGAAAACGCUAUCGAUGCUUUACAAGAUUCUUAUCGGACAGCAGACCAUGGAUUACGAUGAUGCGACAGACAUUCUCGUUAGGACAUACCACGAAGAAGAUCUAGACCUCGAUGCAAACCCCUGGCUCGAUGACGAGACCGAAAACGGUGUGCCACUCGAAGAGACAGGCCUCCUAUGCCGCGAAGGUUGGUACUUGGGAGGUGAUCGCAUGGAGUCGCCCGUGGACAUGGUUAGCAUCGAAGCGAUCAAUAGAGGUCUAGAUGUUCAACAAUAUUUGAUCGACUUCAUGACUUACGGCUACAUCGACCUGGAUAAGAAGCAGAACGUAGCCGCACCUAGAAGGUGGAGAGGCGAGAAGAAACUUGCUGUGCCCAAGAGACCGUGGCCAAUUCUGAGCGUGACAAAUGGUGUCCUUGCGACGUUGGACAAGAAGUUUGGUAUCGAGCAGAAGGAAGGAAGGUUGAGGAACAUUUCCGUAACUCAAGCCGCCCGUACUGAGACGAUUAUAUCAUGGAAUCUGGAUUCAAGGCAGGGUGAGCAAAUGGAAGGGACGGAGGAUGACAUUGAGGAUGAAGUAGAUGAGAUGGACAUAGCGGAGUAA